AUGGAUCCCGAGGAGCUUUAUACCAAGCAAAAUUGCAUCGGGGGCGGAAGCUUUGGAAAGGUUUACAAGGGAGUGGACAAGAGGACCGGACAAGCUGUGGCCAUCAAGGUUAUUGACGUUGAAAAUGCCGAAGACGAAGUCGAAGACAUCAUACAAGAGAUAUCGAUCCUGUCAGAGCUGCAGUCUCCGUACGUGACGAAAUACCAUGGCUCAUUCCUCAAAGGCUCGGAUCUUUGGAUCAUAAUGGAAUUUUGCUCGGGUGGAAGUUGUUCAGAUCUCAUGCGCCCCGGCAAUAUUCACGAAGACUACAUCUGCAUCAUCAUUCGGGAACUAUUGAUGGGUCUGGACUACCUACACGGAGACAAGAAAUUACACCGAGAUAUCAAGGCUGCCAAUAUUUUGCUGGGCCAGAACGGACAAGUAAAGUUGGCCGACUUUGGGGUCUCGGGACAACUGUCAGCCACGAUGACCAAGAAGAACACCUUUGUCGGAACGCCUUUCUGGAUGGCUCCAGAGGUGAUUAAGCAGUCUGGCUAUGAUCAUAAAGCAGACAUCUGGUCCCUUGGUAUCACGGCUAUCGAACUGGCGCAGGGGGAGCCUCCAUAUGCCGACAUCCAUCCGAUGAAAGUGUUGUUCCUGAUCCCCAAGAACCCACCGCCAACGUUGCAGGGGAACUUCUCCAGGACAUUCAAGGAUUUCGUUGAGCUAUGUCUACGACGGGACCCUCGGGAGCGACCUUCGGCAAGAGAAUUGUUAAAACAUCCGUUCGUGCGCAAAGCAAAGAAGACGACAUAUCUGACCGAACUGAUUGAGAGGAACGAAAGAUACAUGGCGACCCGCGGCCACCGAUCCUCUGACGACGAAGAGGAGGAAGAAGAGGCCCAACAGUCCCAUCCAUCGGCAUCGGAAAAUGAAGAUCUGUGGGACUUCGGCACUGUCAGAGCAGCCGGCGGUCGUGGAACUGGGCUCCGUCCGAUGAACGACUCCGACACCAAUUCGCGCGCCUCCGCUGAGACCUCUGCUCCCAAGAACAAGGUUGAAUGGGAUGACACUGUCAAGGCACCAUCUUCACCUCAGAAAUCGCCCGUGAAGUCUGCAUUUCCUACUCCGGCGAAGGUGCCACUUCCACCAUCUCCGAUGAAAGCGUCUGGAUCAUUCUCGCCGCAAGCCACUGGUCCCUCGGGUCUUCCACAACUAUCCUCAGCGUCUAGUUUGGCAAAGUCUACAACUGUUCCAGACACGCCGCGUGUCCCCGCUGCCACCAACGGUCCAACAUCUCCGCCGCAUAAAGAUAGCCCUGGAUCUAAUGAGUACGACCGAGCAUUCCAGGCACAAUUGGCCAAAGAUAUGGGAUUUCUGAAGAUCGAUGGUGGAAACAGCCCCACGACCCAGGCACAAGGACAGACUCCACCAGGACAGAGGCCUCGCAUGCUCAUACCGGAAAUUCCAGCUUUCAAAGGGCACCCAGGCAGAGGUGCGCCGAUCCAGAGGAAUGACACACCAUCGACUUCCAAGACUACUCCUGUUCAAAAGCCACUCCCAGAAUUUUCGCCAAAAGAUCUUCCCUCCAUUCCCCGAGCACCUUCCACUGCAUCCAUGAACAACCAACAGCCAUUGCCACCAUUGCAGAGCAAGACGAAUCAACAAGCUUCUACACCUGCAUCACACAGUAGCACCUCAUCAAGGACGAAUAGCAAUACCGCAUCGGCGCAGGUGCCCAAACAGGAUCCGAACCAAGGACUCACCGCUUUAGACUCUGUUCUCAUUCCGGCGUUGGAGGCAGCAAUGCAUCGCCGGACAUACAUGUUGAAGGAGCUUGCACGCACCAGCCAGCUCAGCCCCUCUGCCGCCGCCGGAAUGCACCAACAGAGAGUCCAGGCUCAUGAGAAGGUCAGACGGCUGGCUGCUAAAGCUGUGAGCGUCUUUCACGAGAUCCAGCGAUGUGAUGAAGAGAGUCCAGUCGGCAUGGGUGGUGGAGUGACCGAGUUUCUUGAAGGAUUUCUGGAAGAGGUCCUGGUCAGAGUCGAGGCCGCUGACGAGCCCGCAUCGAGCCCGAGAAAAGCAUGA